GAUCAAACGGGCCGAGACGCAAUGCACUAUUCUUCAAGAACGAUUCGAGGCCCAAGUCCUCACCCUGAAGCUCGCGAAAGAACAGAACGGCGAUCUCAGGAACGGCUGAUUCUGUCGGAAAGCGCUCAGGCGACGAAACUUGAGUCAGCUGUGGGCAAGUUCAAAUCCGAGAUCGUGUCGCUCCAAGACCACAAGGCUACACUCGAAGCGAAUCUCGCUCAGACCCAAGACGAAUUGGCGAUCCAUCAAACGGCGUCUAUCGACUUUGAGCACAAACUCAGCAAGCAGGAGGAGGCGCACGCAAAGUCGCUUCAGGCGCAAGAAUCCCGUGCACAGGUUGCCGAACGCGAAGCGGUCAACGCCAAGCGACUCGUUGAAGAUCUGACGCGCCAGAUUGAAGCAGGGAGAGCUGAGCUGGACGAGAUCGAAACAGAGAACUCCCAGUUGCAGCAUCGAGCAAGGAUGAUCAACAAGCGUUACCAAGACGGGGAUCUGAGCGACUCGGAGAAGAGCUUCGAUAUGGUUGACAAGGAGAACGAGCUUCGACGUCGCGAGAACAUGAUUGUGACACAACAGAAGCGGAUCGAUACGCUGGAAUCAACGCUGGCACGAUUGUUGAAGGAACGCGGACGGGGGGACGCGCCCAAGUCGAUGGUAGAUCUAAGUUUGUGGAUGUCGUCAUCCAGUCCUUACGAAAAGGAUGCCACGAAAGCAAAGCCAGCCAAGCCGAUUCUCAAGCCGACCUCGCGCAAGUCUGAAUUCGACGGUGUCAAUACUUCGGAGCUUUCAGAAAUUGAAGACGAACAUGGCGACGAUGACAAGCCUGUCACUGCACUCGGCAAGCGAAGUCGCUUGCCCGAAGACUCAGGUCGACCAUCGCGGCGUUUGGUUGCGUGCCUUUGCGCGAGACAGACGAAUUCCCGGAUUUCGGAUAUCUCGGACCCGCCCAGCGCGCCCGCCCCCAGUCGCAAGUCUGAAGCGGCGAGGAAGGCUGGCAAACAUGCGCAUAACCAUUCUCCGGAGCCGGUCAAGUCGAAGCAACGGAAACCCUGGGAGAAGAUCGUCGACCUCGGGUGUGGGAGCGGAGAGAUCACCCUUGAGCUCGAGAAUGUCGUGCAUCAGGCGCCCGGUGGGCUUGUCGUGGGUGUCGAUUUCAGCGAGAGUAUGAUCGCACAAGCGAAGAAAAUCGGGGUCAAACACGCCUUUGUCGCGGAUAUCCAGGCGCUCGAAUCGAGUCAGCUCGACGAGUUGGCUGGCAACGACUUGAAGUUCGACGCUGCCUUCAGCAACGCUGCGCUCCACUGGUGCAAGCGUGACCCGUCAGGUGUACUCGAAUCAGUCAAGAAGGUGCUGAAACCCGGAGGGCGAUUCGUCGCUGAGAUGGGCGGCUUCUUGAAUUGCAUUGGCAUUCGCAGUGCGCUACAUGCAGCUCUGAGAAAGCGCGGCCAGGAUCCCAUCGUUGCUGAUCCCUGGUUCUUCCCGUCGGUCGAGGAUUACUCCCAGAUGCUGACUGCGGCCUCGUUCGAGAUCCAACAGAUCACACUCGUAGCUCGGGUGACACCGCUGCCCGAGGGCGUCAAGGGCUGGCUAGAAUGCUUCGCGCGCACGAGCUUUCUCGGCGCGUUCUCCGACGCCCAAGCGGCGGAAAUCAUCGACGAGGUUGUGGACGCUUUGCGCAUGGACUGCCAGGAUGCGGCUGGCAACUGGGCGAUGAUGUACUCUCGCCUGCGGUUCUGUGCGAUCUGGAAACCCUGAUUGGUGUCUUUUGUGUGCGUAGGGACUGGAUGUAGACUCCGACAUCGAAUCAAGACUCUUGUCCUUUCCUGGCGAGCCGGCGCCGAGCAUAGGUCCAGUCCCCCCGCACAAAUCGAACACUGUCCCAAAGUUUCACGUAAUCAUGAUUCAGGGCCGAACACUCGGGAUCUGAGGGCCUGAUUUGUCGCGGCGUGAGAUGAGAGACCUGAUGAGUCGCAGUCUCAGAGAAUAGCUGCAUGAUCUUCACAGGCUCCUGUCUGCUUGUUUGAAUAUCUCUGAUCUCUCUUGCUUGUGUGUCGAUGAGUUAACUCGAGGAGCAAGUUAGGAGAAUCAUGAGUUUGUCGGAGUCGUCCAGUCAUCUGCCGGACGCAGACCAGUUCUUCGCGUCAAGAUCCUGAUACCGCAACAGCCGUAGGAUCGAUCCACUAGCGAGGCUGGUGCAUUGUGAGUCUGCGCGAUAUUCCGUGUUGUAUCGUUCAAAGACCUGUCUCGUAAUCAGUAGACUGCAGGGUUCUGUAACUGGAUAGGAAGUGCUUGAGUCAACGAAGCGGACGCUCAAUGACGAUCGCGUGCGAAGACAUCUCGUGUUCCAUUCUCCGAUCGUGUGUGCUCUGGUCAUUGUGAAAGAACAGUUCUCAUCGAUCGAAUGACAACUCCGCUACAUAGACGUUGCUGAGUUUGAAUGCUGGAUGAUCG